UAAUAGCGUUUUGAAAACCAUGGUGUUUGUUUGAGGAGUUAUUGAGCAGACGAAAAGCGAGUUUUUUAUAAUUUCAAUAUUUAUAUAGUAACAAGCCAUAACUACUUAAAAUAAUCCUUGAAUACAUGAUUGGUUUAUCCGGUUAACACGUCUUCUUUCAUUUGUUUAUUUCUUUUUCUUAAUUUGAAUUGUUAUUAUAUGGCCACCUCAAGUGGACGGCGAGAGGUAAAAGCUAAAAAAGAAGUCGAUACUUGUAUUGACAGACUCAAGACCUUCGUUAUCUUCUUCGGAUAAAGAUGGCUGGACUUUCCAUGCUUUGUGGUUUUACCCUUCUGAUGGCUAGCUUUUUCACGAUCGCCGAGUCGAUUGAAAGAAAAGAAAAUAAAAAAAGUGGAAUAUUCAUGAGAAUUGAAGGUUUUGCCAUCAUACAUGGCGUGAUCUCGGAACACGGUGUGACUUCAUCAGUUGAAUGUGGUCAGAAAUGCCUCAUGCAUUAUCAGUGCCGAUCGUACAACUUGGUCAGCGGUUCUUCAUGUCAGUUGCUCAAUGUCACCAAGACAACGGCAAAAGAUUCUUUGGUUGAGACACCGAACUCCAUUCAUUUCUAUGACAAAGCUGAGACUUUUAAAUCCUGCCUGGAUUUCCUUAAGAUUGGAAUUACUGAAAAUGGUAUUUACACCAUCACCGGAAGUGACGACAAACAAUUCAGCGUGUACUGUGACUUCCGGUCUGAACCACCCGCAGCCUGGACUCUAGUUAUGGCUUUUUCUCGGAGAAACAGAAGAAUCGACGCCUUCUGUAAUAAGGCUUUCUCCGUCGACAUCCAGCGCAACGAGAACAACCCCAACUGGAAUGACUUCCGGCUGUCCCUUCCCAGAAUGCAGCUCCUGAAAUCCCAGUCUACUCAUUGGCGCGUUACCACAGGAUUCCCGGUUUUUAGUGUAGACUACAAAGAUUACGUUCGUGGAAAAUUCUUGGCGUUCGACAUCAUGACGUUCAGUGGAGCCGAUACCUGCAAACCGGUUGAACUGGUAAACAUCCGAGGAUUCGUGGGAGCUAACACUGAGGCGGCGUUUUGGCAGGAUGGAGCGGCUCUUCAUAUCGACAGCAGCGCCACUCGUUGUCAGUUCAAGUCAAACUCGGGCGCAGCCUUAAGCGAGAACAACUUUGGCUUUUACUGCGAAUCGGAUUCCUCCAUGAAUGUGAAUUUUCGCGGAACGAAAGACGACGACAGCACCACUGAGUAUUGGUUCGGAGGAUAUGCAUAGUCAGAACAUGGCGGAUCAAGGCGGGAUCCCAAGGAGCCAAAGAGAUUUAUGUGUGAAAAAAGCCUUAGAGAGUUUUUUCUUAGGUGCAUAUCCCCAUCAAACCCUAAUAUCGCUGUAUCAAUUCCUGUAGCAAUUUCCUGUUUGUUAGAGCUAGGAAGCCGAUGUAACAAUAUGAAUGCUAGAAGCCAAUGAAUUUCACCGGAGAGGGAGGGGGGGAUUCUGAUAAAAACAAACGUGGGUGAUCGUCGGCAAAAUCGAUUUUAACCCUAAGGGAGGGCACUUUGGGCGUAGUCAACAAAAAUUCUUACCUUCAUGGGUGUAGUUGAAGGAUUUUUUAAACCUAAAAGAUGGCUGAAUCGGGAGAAAAACGUUAAAUAUCCCCUUAGGGGAUCGAAUUGGUCGAAUUUUAUACUCUAAGAGAUGGCAAAAUCGGAAAAAUCCUUCAACACCACCUGUGCGUCUAAAUCCAGGGAGUGUCCAGUUUUCUUUACGUAGUUUCUUUUUUUCGUUUCGGACAUUAUAUUUGGCACGCUAAUCUGUUGAAUUUUUUUCGAAACCACAUGCCAUUUUCACCUCUUGGUUUGGACAAUUUUGUAUUCUCUCACUUUAUAUUGAGAAAUUUAAUGUAGUCACGUGAAUGAUGUGCAUGCAGAGUCAAGUUUUAAAAAGUUGCUUAAUCAUGAGUGAGUUAUCUUGGAGUCACCUUGACUUCAUUGAUAAUUUUCUAAAUACGCAGGGACGAGAGACCAACUCUGUCCUCACGCAUUUGGCUGAUUGGUUCGUUUUGCCAAAUGUAUCCAAUUCUCCCCGUUCCCUUUUGAAUCGCUUAUUUUCCUUCACGUGGGACCACCACAUGAAUUGCUGGCCUUAGGGUAUACAUAUAACGAGCCUAUUUCUGUAUGUUAUGUUGUUAGUUGUAGUGUUGUUAUGCUGCUGCUGCUGAAGCUGUGUGUGUUGAGUUAGAGUAUGAUCAUAUCAUGGGUUCCCUGUUUUGGACAUAUAUGUGAUUAUGCUAAUAAAAGAUCCCGGAUCUUCUUCGCGAUUCCGGAGCUAA